AUGUCUCGCGACUCCUCGACCACCUACAUCCACCUCCACGCAUCCCACCAUGCCGACAUGCUCGACUCUCUAAACGCACUGUUCAAGCUACCUGCCGAAGACAUCUACGUUCCGCCUCAACACCAGCCUAUCGACCCGGACGAGGAAGAUGACGUCGUAUCUGACCAGCAUGCGGCAUUUGGAAUACAGAGGGCGACACAGAAGGCACGCGAGCCAGCUUGGAGAGACUUUGGUUUGGAGAGUCUCAUGACUGCUGGCCCCCCUGCGAACGGUGGAGGUCAGGCAAAGGCUGGUGCCCGGCAAUCUACUUUGACACUACGAUGA